AUGUCUCCAUACUUGGUUCUCUUUUAUAUCUUCCUUAUUACUGGAGGCUUCGCUAUCGAUGAUGACUUUUCUCCAGAACCUAACACGCAACGAUUGCAUAAACGACGAGCAGGCUUCAAAGAAAAGUUGAGGAGAGUCCGCAACUCACUCAAAGGAAGAAAAACCAAUAUUAUAACAACUACAAAUGAACUCGUUAACACGGGCAAGGACCUCGCCGUAGUAAUCCGUGAUUGGAAAAAAGAAGAUCCGGAAACAAAAAUUGUAACAGUUCAAGGAUCCAGUUCAGAUGUUAAAAGAGCCGCUGAAAACAUAGGAUCAACCAACGAGAAAGUCUCGGAAAAUGUUUAUGUCGUUGGGACCUCAGAUAACGUUGUUACGUGUUCCCCUGAAUUCUGUAGGAAGUUAGGCAGGUUGGGAGAAGCAGGAUUUACUGGCAUUUGCAGUCCUGAAUUCUGUCACUGUGAUACAGCUGACAGAGCUUGGUUGAAGACAUGUGGACCAGGAACGGUAUUCAACCCUAUAUACAGAGUUUGUGAUUGGCCAUAUAAUGUAAUUGGAUGUUAA